CUUGCCCCUCAGUGUGUGGUGUGAGUGCAGGAAUGCGGAGGGAAUGGCCCCGGGAUGAUGCGCUCCGCACCCCCGUACCCCCGCGCUCCCGGCUCCCCGGGGGUCGCCGGGCAGACCGGGCAGAGCGCGCGAGGGCGUGCGGACGCGGAGCAGCAAGGACAAGUUUGGAAGGCAUGCGGAGACCCCAAGGCAAAGCCAUCCUACCUUAUUGACAAAAAUCUGGAAUCUGCUGUGAAAUUCAUAGUCAGAAAGUUCCCUGCUGUAGAAACCCGAAACAACAAUCAACAGCUUGCACAGCUACAGAAAGAAAAAUCAGAGAUUCUGAAAAAUCUGGCAUUAUAUUACUUCACAUUUGUAGAUGUUAUGGAAUUUAAGGACCAUGUUUGUGAAUUGCUCAAUACUAUUGAUGUUUGCCAGGUCUUCUUCGAUAUUACUGUAAACUUUGAUUUAACAAAGAACUACUUAGAUUUGAUCAUAACCUAUACAACACUAAUGAUACUGCUCUCUCGAAUUGAAGAAAGGAAGGCAAUCAUUGGAUUGUACAACUACGCUCAUGAAAUGACCCAUGGAGCAAGUGACCGAGAAUAUCCACGCCUUGGUCAGAUGAUUGUGGAUUAUGAAAACCCUUUAAAGAAGAUGAUGGAAGAAUUUGUACCCCAUAGUAAGUCUCUUUCAGAUGCACUAAUUUCUCUUCAGAUGGUGUAUCCUAGAAGGAAUCUUUCAGCCGACCAGUGGAGAAAUGCCCAAUUAUUGAGUCUCAUCAGUGCACCCAGUACAAUGCUUAAUCCUGCACAGUCUGAUACCAUGCCUUGUGAAUAUCUCUCUUUGGAUGCAAUGGAAAAAUGGAUUAUCUUUGGCUUUAUUUUGUGCCAUGGGAUCCUCAAUACUGAUGCAACAGCACUGAAUCUCUGGAAGCUAGCUCUUCAAAGUAGCUCUUGCCUCUCUCUCUUUCGGGAUGAAGUUUUCCACAUUCACAAAGCUGCAGAAGACUUAUUUGUAAACAUACGAGGCUAUAACAAACGUAUUAAUGAUAUAAGAGAAUGCAAAGAGGCGGCUGUGUCACAUGCUGGUUCAAUGCACAGAGAAAGACGCAAAUUUUUAAGGUCUGCACUGAAAGAAUUGGCUACAGUCCUCUCUGAUCAACCUGGCUUGCUAGGUCCCAAGGCACUUUUUGUUUUUAUGGCGUUAUCCUUUGCCCGUGAUGAAAUUAUCUGGCUACUUCGUCAUGCAGAUAACAUGCCAAAGAAGAGUGCAGAUGACUUUAUAGAUAAGCACAUUGCUGAAUUGAUAUUUUACAUGGAAGAGCUUAGAGCACAUGUAAGGAAAUACGGACCUGUAAUGCAGAGGUAUUAUGUGCAGUACCUUUCUGGCUUUGAUGCUGUUGUCCUCAAUGAACUUGUGCAGAAUCUUUCUGUUUGCCCUGAAGAUGAAUCAAUCAUCAUGUCUUCUUUUGUUAACACUAUGACUUCCCUAAGUGUAAAGCAAGUUGAAGAUGGGGAAGUGUUUGAUUUCAGAGGAAUGAGAUUAGAUUGGUUUAGAUUACAGGCAUAUACUAGUGUCUCUAAGGCUUCGCUUAGCCUUGCAGAUCAUAGAGAACUUGGAAAGAUGAUGAAUACGAUAAUUUUUCAUACAAAAAUGGUGGAUUCCUUGGUGGAAAUGUUGGUGGAAACAUCAGAUCUCUCCAUAUUUUGUUUUUAUAGUCGUGCUUUUGAGAAGAUGUUUCAACAGUGUUUGGAGUUACCCUCUCAGUCAAGAUACUCAAUUGCAUUUCCACUGCUUUGCACUCAUUUUAUGAGUUGCACACAUGAACUGUGUCCAGAAGAGCGACAUCAUAUUGGAGAUCGAAGUCUUUCCUUAUGUAACAUGUUUCUGGAUGAAAUGGCUAAACAAGCUCGAAAUCUUAUCACUGAUAUUUGCACAGAACAGUGUACUCUGAGUGACCAGUUGCUGCCCAAGCAUUGUGCCAAAACCAUUAGUCAGGCAGUGAAUAAGAAGUCAAAAAAACAAACUGGUAAAAAAGGGGAACCUGAAAGGGAAAAACCUGGAGUUGAGAGCAUGAGGAAAAACAGGCUGGUAGUGACCAACCUUGAUAAAUUGCACACUGCACUUUCUGAGUUGUGUUUCUCUAUAAAUUAUGUACCAAACAUGGUGGUUUGGGAACAUACCUUUACCCCGCGAGAAUAUUUGACUUCUCACCUGGAAAUCCGCUUUACUAAGUCAAUUGUUGGAAUGACUAUGUAUAAUCAAGCCACACAAGAAAUUGCAAAACCAUCAGAGCUUCUAACAAGUGUAAGAGCAUAUAUGACUGUACUGCAGUCGAUAGAAAACUAUGUGCAAAUUGAUAUCACAAGAGUAUUUAAUAAUGUUCUUCUUCAGCAAACACAACAUUUAGACAGUCAUGGAGAGCCAACCAUUACAAGUCUAUACACAAAUUGGUAUUUGGAAACUUUAUUAAGACAAGUCAGCAAUGGUCAUAUAGCUUAUUUCCCUGCAAUGAAAGCAUUUGUGAACUUACCUACAGAAAAUGAAUUAACAUUCAAUGCAGAGGAAUAUUCUGACAUAUCAGAAAUGAGGUCAUUAUCAGAACUGCUAGGCCCAUAUGGUAUGAAGUUCCUAAGUGAAAGCCUUAUGUGGCAUAUUUCAUCACAAGUUGCUGAACUUAAGAAACUUGUGGUGGAGAAUGUUGAUGUGCUAACACAAAUGAGGACCAGCUUUGACAAACCAGACCAGAUGGCUGCACUCUUUAAAAGAUUAUCAUCUGUUGACAGUGUCUUGAAGAGGAUGACAAUAAUUGGUGUAAUUUUAUCCUUCCGCUCAUUGGCACAAGAAGCACUUAGAGAUGUCUUGUCCUACCACAUUCCUUUUCUUGUAAGUUCAAUUGAAGAUUUCAAGGACCACAUUCCAAGGGAAACUGAUAUGAAGGUUGCAAUGAAUGUAUAUGAGUUAUCAUCAGCUGCUGGAUUGCCUUGUGAGAUUGAUCCUGCCCUUGUUGUAGCUCUCUCUUCACAAAAAUCAGAAAACAUAAGUCCAGAAGAAGAAUAUAAAAUUGCCUGCCUCCUCAUGGUCUUUGUGGCAGUUUCUUUGCCAACACUGGCCAGUAAUGUGAUGUCUCAGUAUAGCCCUGCUAUAGAAGGGCAUUGCAAUAACAUACAUUGCUUGGCCAAAGCCAUCAAUCAGAUUGCUGCAGCUUUGUUUACAAUUCACAAAGGAAGCAUUGAAGAUCGUCUUAAAGAAUUUCUGGCGCUUGCAUCCUCCAGUCUACUGAAAAUUGGCCAGGAGACAGACAAAACAACAACAAGAAAUAGAGAAUCUGUUUAUUUACUGCUAGAUAUGAUUGUGCAGGAAUCCCCAUUCCUAACAAUGGAUCUUUUGGAAUCUUGUUUUCCUUAUGUCUUGCUGAGAAAUGCAUACCAUGCUGUCUACAAGCAAAGUGUUACAUCUUCUGCAUAAAAUAUCUACUUAUUGAAGACAAGCACGCGUUUUUGUUGCCUGGGUUUUACCUGUAAACUGUGGAGCUAUUUUACCUUAAGGCCUGAUAAACAGUUUUGUGGAUUAUAAAUUUUUUUCAUAUGGUUGUAUUUUCUGAUCAUUGGUUUCUUAAUAUAGUUGUACUACAAUAUACUUGGUUGAUUUAGGUUGCACAUUCACUGAAUUCACAGAAAUUAUUCCUAUAAUUUUAGAGUAUCAUUUGUUUGAAAAAUAUACAUUAUCUCUAUGUUUUUGAUAUUUGAUAAUGAGAAAAACCUUUGCUUGUUUAUUUCUCAAAAAGAAUUGUAUUUAGUGAUUAUUUUAGGUAGUGAUAUAGCAUUCAUCUGUGUGUAAAUUAUUUCAUAUAGGGAAGAGUUCUGAUCUGUACCUAUGGUUCUUAUUGAAAACAAAACUGGAUGUGCAUUUCUGUGAUGUUAUGAAUACAUUUCUACUUUAUUUUGAAACAUUUGCCAAACUAAAUACUAUAACACUGUAUAACAUUAAAAAUGUUAAAGGACUGCUUAGCAUUAGAAGCAGACUAUGUCCUGAAAUUCUAAAACAGCAACAUAUGUUGUUGCUUGUAUAAAGCCUAGUGAUAAUUUUUAGACUAACUUCCAUGGUGCCCUAUUGGAAUUAGCACUACCAUUGUACCCUGCUGUAUAAUAAAUAAUCUUAAACACUAUCAACUGUUGAUAAAAAUGUUAGUCCCUAACCACUUUUUAUAUGUUUUAAAUUUUUGAAAAUCAAGUGUACCUGCCACAACAUAAAAUAAACACUAGACUGUAUCACGUU